AUGUCUAGCUUCGGUUACUACGCUGUCAGUACUGCCUAUGGCUCCAACUCGCAGAUGCUAGACUGCACACGCACUCCGCACAUGCACUACUACUCUGAUGAGUUGUUCCACUUCAAGGAGUGGCUGCAUAUGCCGUCUUCGUUGAGGGCAAGCAAGACCACAACGAGGAAUAGGCGAUCGAGCAGUAUCGACAAUUGCAAGGCGUCAGGUCAGCAGCGUAAGACAGCGUACAAAUACGCACGUCGCAUCAUCUCCGCAGAGGCUAUCAUGUUCAAAAGCUUCCCCCAAGUCAUACAACGAAGCUUGAAGCCACGCGCAAUCCCUCUUGCAAACCAAACCGCAUUCUUCCACACCACGAGAAAGAUGUCCGAGUCAAGCAAGGUCCAGGAGUAUAAGCAGGCGGGAAACAGGGAGAACAAGCCGCCCAAGCACGAGGCAGUGUACUUUAAGGGGUUGAUGAGCGAGAAGAGGGCGUUUGGCGAUUUCAGGACGGUGCUGCACACGGGGUUGUAUUCGCAGAUUGUGGCCAUGGAGGUCCCCGUCAACGGAGAGAUUGGUGACGAAGUCCACCUCGUCGACCAGAUCCUCCUCUUCACCUCCGGAAAAGGCCUCGCGACCGUGGCAGGCAAAGACCAGGAAGUCAGCGCAGGCGACGUGGUCGUUGUACCAGCUGGAACCCAACACCAGUUUGUAACGAAAGGCGACCAGCCGCUGGAGCUUAUUACCGUAUAUGCGCCUGCAGAGCACGAUCCGAAGACGAUACACAAGACGAAGGAGGAGGGUGACGAGGAGGAAGAUGCAGGCCAGGAUGAGGCGCCGGAGUGGAGUCAUAAGAGCAAGGACGAGAAUGAGAAGAAGGGUCUAGUGAAGGAGAGUGGGAAGUACUGA